AUGAAUAGUCCAAUAGCUGUUUGCGUUGGUAAUGUAAUCAACAACAUGCUUUUUGGAAUGAGAUUCCCUCAGGGCUCUGUCGAAAUGCAUCGUCUUCACUCUCUCUUGGAUAAACAAUCGAGGCUUGUAAUAAAUCCAUUGAUGGGUUUGUAUAUUGCUGCACCGUGGACUACGGACAUUCCACUGUUAAACACAAAAUGGAAUGAUUUAAUGGCAAUUCGUUCUCAACUUUAUGAUUUUCUUCAGAAGCAGAUUGAUGAUCAUCGAGUGAGGCUUGCACAUGGUGAUCCUAUUGAAGAUGAUUUCACAUUUACCUAUAUGCGUGAAAUGGAGGAUCGACGACAAAAUGGCAGCGAAAUGGGCUUCUUCGAUGACUGCCAAAUGAAAAUGCUGCUAUUGGAUCUAUUCUUUGCCGGCAUGGAAACUACUGUAACCACUUUGAAAUGGGCUUUUCUAGUGAUUACUGUUAAUAUCGACAUUCAACGCAAAGUUCAAGAAGAGCUUGACAACAAAUGUACG